CUGAGCUAACGGUGGGCACACGGGUGGGAAGCAUAACAAUAACGUUACCGUUCUACCGUCCAGAUUCGGACCUACAUCGUCUCGUUUGGAUUUAAAUACGCAGCGUUAUAAAACCGAGUCCAGUCCCCUCGCCGCGGUCCGAAGAAGAAGAAGAGGUGAAGCGGGCUGGCUAACGGACUGAAAGUACCAGAUGCUAUUCCAGCGGAGAAGGAGAACGGGCUCGAAUAAGCAAGAGAGGGUGAUGGGUUCUCGUUUUCCUGACGGCUAACGUUAAACCUUCGCUAGAAACACGGAUACGGCGAAGUGAAGGGAACUGUCUUUGCUUCUUCUCCACCUCCGUCUGUGUGACAUUCUGUCUGAAAUGCUAGCGCAGUCGCGGUCUCGGCCGUCGAGCAGCCUCUGGGCCGCAGCUCGGCACACCGAGCCCGAAUCUGGGAAAUAGCUAGCUAGCUAUCUGCUAGCCGCAGCUGUACCCGAUGCUGCUGCUGCUGCGGCUGCAGCUGCUGCUAAACGGAUCCGAAAGACAACACAAGUGGUUCAGGGCCCUGGCGCUGAGUGAACUGUUGUUUUACCUUCCUGGACUGCAACGAGCAUUUGAGAUGUGAUGCUUUCGUGCGUUGUAUUUGAGCCUUUUGUAGCUGGGGCUCGCGCUUGCUUAACGCGAAGGAGCUAACGUUGCUGCAAAAUGCACAGCAGAACCACAACAGCAGGCUCCUGUUGAAGGGGGCGAGGUUAGACUGAUAACAGCCCACCCUGUGUCUUUCAACUAUCGGGGUCACAUUUGGACAACUACCACCACAUUUUCUCCACGUCAUUCAGCAGCCGACGAUAUGGAUAAACUAACGAUCAUUUCAGGGUGUCUGUUUCUGGCAGCAGAUAUCUUUGCAAUUGCCAGCAUUGCAAACCCUGACUGGAUCAACACUGGUGAAUCAGCAGGUGCCCUUACAGUUGGCCUAGUCCGGCAAUGUCAGACCAUUCACGGACGAGACCGGACCUGUAUUCCACCGCGGCUGCCCCCAGAAUGGGUCACCACACUGUUCUUCAUCAUCAUGGGCAUCAUCUCCCUCACAGUCACCUGUGGACUGCUGGUGGCAUCACACUGGCGCAGAGAAGCCACCAAAUACGCCCGCUGGAUCGCCUUUACUGGCAUGAUCCUGUUCUGCAUGGCGGCGCUCAUCUUCCCCAUAGGCUUCUAUAUCAACGAGGUGGGAGGCCAGCCGUACAAGCUGCCCAACAACACAGUGGUCGGCUCCUCAUACGUGCUGUUUGUCCUCUCCAUCUUCUUCACCAUAGUGGGACUUCUGUUUGCAGGCAAAGUUUGCCUCCCGGGCUGAGGACUCGACCAUGCCCGCCUCUGGACUGUCACGAGAGGCUCUGAAAAUUUUAUGGGAUUUACAAAAACACAAAAUGACUGAAAAUCAAAAACAACAAACUCUGGCCAGAAGCCUGAUACAGGGAAGUCUUUGGUUAAGUGUCGAGGGACCGCGGCACCGUGGAGUACCUAACGACAAAAAAAUGGAAACGAAUGAAAGAGCAAAACACUAAAGGACAUGGGCACAAAGGGGUGGAGGAGUGUGAGAGAGGGCAGCCGAGGCUGUCGCAGCACCCUGCCAGUGUUGAUUUAAAAUAUGGCCGUCUCUCUGUUUUUGUUCUGUUGGGAAAAGGGUGCUUAAUGUGCCACUGUCAUGGCAACUGCAGCCACAAUGCUGGCGCACAUUUCUUGAGGACCACUACAGCUGCUCCUCAAUUUGACCCCUCGCCCGCCCUCAGCACACAUCUGCGCCGUCACGACCGCUCCUGUUGCUAUUUUUGGCUUCUCUUAGCUAUUUCAGUUGUGUGUUUUUCUGUUGUUGUACAUUUUGUGUUCUUUUUUUCUUUUUCUGUUUUUCUUCCACAACCCGCCGCCUUUCCGCUGAAGUAGCUUGAGUGUAAUUGAGGUUCACUGAACUGAAUCCUUGAGGGGAACUGGAGGGUUUUCUGCCAGCUUGGCUUUAGAGCAGGGUUUAUUCUUGCCUGUCACUUCACACGGCACCAGGUGUGUGGCUGGGGAGAGCAGCUGUGAGCCCAGCUGUCUGGUCCAGCUCACGGGCUGCUUUGGACCAGAGGAAGGUGCAGGCGUGCUGCCUCUCUUUCUCACAACCAGCUGCAGCUCAGGAGCAGGUAGCAGUGAGGGGUGACCUCCCUGGGCAGCAGAACAGGAGGUCAAGUACCAUAAAGGAGAAUGCCACUCAAUAUAAGACCUUGGAUUAUGUUAUUUACAUGGACAGCAACAGAAUAUUAGUGAAUGUUAACAACUAUUAUGCUAAGCUAAAGCCAUGAUGCUGAUACACAUCAUUUACCAAUAACUAGAAGACUGUGAAUUUAGAGAACAAUCAUCUGAACAUAAACACACCUCUUGUAUUUGUAGUAAUACUCUUAAUUCUGUUAAGUACAGCCACAAGCACUGUUUAAAGUAUUUUUCAAAGGUGUACAUCACUGUGGGGUUGAGAUGAACUCUAUCGCUAAUUAUAGCAGACAGUAUUGACUUUUAUAAAUAUAAGCUGAUGUUACCUAAGGUGUGAAAAUUGGUGGUAUUCUCCUUUAAUGUUGGACAGGGAAGAAGGGAGCAAGGAGUAUUUUUUGUUUUGUACAACAGUGAAGGCACUGGGACUGCAGGUCAGGUCCAUGCAUGGGGCUGUGCCUCAGUGUGCUGCCCUUGAGGCCCGUGAAUGUAAACACACACACACACACACACACACACACACACACACACACACACACACACACACACACACACACACACACACACUCUCACUCUCACUCUUAAUCACGAGUACAGCCUCCACACUGUCUGUACUGUGUAAAUCCACAUAUUAGGGCUUCAAAUAACCAUUAUUUUCCUUGUCUAUAACAGUCCCUCUAAUUAACCUCAGAAAGUAAUGAGAAGUUCCUGGAGCCCAAAGGUGACUCUUCAUCAGGCUAAUCAAAAGUUUUCGGCUAUCUCUCCUCCAUCAAGGUAGUGGAUUAUUUUCUGGACUGGGGCAUAAUUCUGUGCCCAUGUUUCAGAACUACAAUGACCAUAAUUUGUGGAAUGUAAACAGGAAGUAUGAUGUUGCCAUGGUUGCAGUGAGUUAGCUGUGGGCUACAACCUGAGUCCCAUUUAUUUAGCCUACAGUUGUUCACGUUUUGACAAAGUGUCACUGUUAGAAGUAUGCCGAAGUGGCUAUGAGUUGCAGUGUACUCGUGGAUGUACAGACAACUAUCACUGGAUUAUAUGAUGCUGGAGAAACCUUCAAAACGUGAUGAUUCUCAGGCAAAGUUCUGGAGUUCAAAUGCUUUGUAUGAUUUCCAAGCAGAUUUAUUGACAAUAAUUCACAAUGGACACGGUCAAAAAAAAAGCAGCUCAGCACAGCCGUCCCCCAACCAAAUUGCUCUCAGUUGUCACAA